AUGUCCAAGAAAGCAGGCACUCCUGCUUACGCGCCGGUCUACGUGGAGAGCAAGCUCUUAAAGCUUGACGACGUGUCGGUCGCCCAUGAUUCCGGCCAUCGGGACGUCGAUGAGGAUCGUGUCCUGGAGUUGUAUGAGAAGGUGAUUUUGGCCGGUCGUUGGGGCCAGGCUUCGUUGUCCCGACCGAAGCUGAGGUAUGAUCCUGCUGGUCGUCCUAUGGCCGCAUCUGAUGGCCGGUCGAAGCUGGCAGAUGGCAAGCACUGUAUCGCAGCGUUGAAGAAAGCUGCUGAGACGGUCGCUCAGUCCGAUGAUGCAACGCAGCUCGAGUGGUACACAGGUGAGAUCAAGGACAUUCUGACGGUCGGAAUGCGUUUUGAUUGCAUCAAAUUCUCGGAUGAUGAUGAGGCGGCGGUCAAGCUCUUCUACACCAUGGCCCAUGAGCAGGAGGCCAACAAGUUGCGGACGACGUCGGUCGAGCACAAGAUCAAACUUGUGCGUGCUUAUGUCGCCAAAGACGCCGAGAACGCCAUGGUGGAAAUUUUGGGCAAGUCACGCCGGUCAACAAUCCACAACUGGUGCAAAGCGACUGCAGUGUUAAAAGAGCCGGUCCUGAUCAAGCUGAAGGAGAAGCCCGACCUGCCACAGGGACUUGUUUUCACGAACAAGUACUUCGUCGGUCAAGGAGAAGAGACACGCUUCCUCCUGGAACCCGAGCAGCAGAUUGCUGCUCUGCAGCUUUUCUAUGACUUCUGUGACGGUCGCGGGACGGUCUCUUCCAUACCGACCUUCAUGUCUGACUUUUGUGCCCCAAUGUUGAAGGCACAGUUGUGGUGUCAGUUGGUCAUGAAGAAGUACUCGUCGGUCGUGAGCCGCCUACCAGCGUAUGACCGCUGUCAGAAGAUGCUGUGGAGUGAGCGUGGACGGACGUGCAUGCGUCUUGGCGUCGGUCUGUCUGGUGACCCGAAGAUCGAGGGCAGUGGCAUCCCUGAGUGUGUGUCGGUCCUCCAAGGGUUGAAGAAUCUGGCCGCUGGUCGUGCAGUGGAUGAAGCCGAAAGUGCUGUGGAUGCGGCCAAAGCAACGGUCACAGAGCACAAGCUGGUCGUUGAGGGGGGAGACGACGAGUCUGGGAUCUUGGCUGACGACAUCACGAUGGAGGCCCCACUGGUGGAGAAGGAUCCUGUUCUUGAAAAAGCUGAGGAGCUCGGCUUGUCGGUCCGCUCCAACAUUCAUCUGUUUCAUGACAUGAAGACCUUUGGUGAUGGCUUCGUCGGUCUAUGCCGGGCGACGACCCGUGGCGGCAUUUACAUCGAUGAGGCCACGUCGAAGGCCAAGAUCAUUUUGGGGGACAUGGCAGAGUUGUGGAAGGUCGUCACGUCGGUCGUAGAUCGGCAAUACGUGUCCAUGGGCAUCUUCUGUGGAAAGCGCCACGACUUAGUGACGUUGGUCGUGACAGGGACGGUCGACCCUCCAUUGAAGCGCCUUCGAGUCAAAACCUUCUUGAAAAACUUAGAUCAGAGCCGGUCGCGAUGGAAGCAGAUGUCAAAAAAGGAGAAACAACCCUUUGUGGACGCGGCGGUCAAGGAUCACAGAAAGCACAACGCCCUCAAGAGGGAGCUCGCUCAUCCUCCAGUGGAAGUCGACUCGCCGGUCAGAGACCCGAAGCCUGAGAAUGAUAGUGACCAGCAGCCACCGGUCGAUGAGAACCUCGUCAAUGAAUUGAGGUUCUCCUUUGAAGGCAUGGCACUUUCCAGUCGGUCGACCCUGGGACAAGGCGCCCAUGGCACAGUUUACCGCUGUGAAAACUUGAUGGGAACGGAGUUCGCAGUGAAGUUGCCGGUCGGCAGCAGGGACGUGAAGAGGGAGCUAGACGUUCUCCUCAGUCUACGCCACCCAGCCAUCCUGCAUUGUUAUGGGCCAGUCAUGUCGGUCGACGGAGGUCUCGUGGGCCUUCUUUUGGAGUAUGUGCCGGUGACAUUGGACGCUUGGCUGAAGACGCAGCCCAAGGCCGCAAAGUGCCCACACAAAUGGCAUCUGAUGGUCGAUCUUGCACAUGGACUCCAGUAUCUGCACUGUCACAAGCUUGUGCACUGUGAUGUGAAGCCACAGAACAUACUUGUCGGUCCUGCCCCCCAUGUUCGAGCCCGCUGGGCAGACUUCGGCCUCACUGAGCCGGUCGGGACAGCUGUCUAUGGUGACGAGGUGUACUCUGCAGCGUACAGACCUCCGGAGCUUAGCGGGUCACAGGAACCCGGUCGUAGCUUUGCUGUAAGGGUGAGGUUGGCACCCACAGCUGAUCUUUGGGCGGUCGGGUGUCUCUUGUUUGCGAUCUUCACAACAUCGACACUGUGUCAUUUGUUUGUCACAGUGAAGGUGCUGUAUGACAUGUCCUUCAUCAAUUCCCGAAUUGAUAAGAACGUGCCGGUCGUCUCUGGCGCUCAAGAAGACAUAAGAGCUUUCUUGAAAAAGCUGCCGAACGAGCGACAGCAGCUGAGGCUUUUCAUUAUUGCUGCAGAGGCGUACGUCAUCACCUUCACUGCCGGUCCAGAACAGUCCCGGAAUCGUCGACCGACUUACAUGGUCUAUUCACAGUCGGAGUUGUCGGUCUCUGCGAAGGAGGUGGUGCCGAGCCAUGUGACUGUCAACAAAUGCCGGUCAUUUGCCUAUGAGAAGUUACAGAUGCGCUGCACCGACUACAAUUGCAAGCUCAGGCCGUGCAAACCCAUGACAGACAUGCCGGCCCAUCCCACAGAGGAGUUGCCGGUCAGUGACCAAGAGCAGCCAGAGGAUAGCAAGACGUUGGACACCACAGAGGAAGCCGGUCCUGACACACAGGCGGUCGAAGCGUCCGUCGACAAGAAGUAUCCUGUGGAUUUGUGGUUGGUGGCCAAAUGCUGGGAUCACCAUGCGUCGGUCGUGCGAGAAGUCUUCCGUGGUGAUCAGUGCAGGUGGAUGGCGGUCUCCACACGCACAGCCCAUCCUUCCAUCUUCGUUGGGGUCCAGUCGGUCGUCUCCACAGUCAUAGGAAUGCAUGUUAAGCUCAGGCACUCCAUGGCACAUGGCCGAGUCUUGCUCGACGACAUGUGCACCGCCCUGAAACUGGAUGAAGCUAGCCGGUCAUUGAACUUGAAGCGCAAGGUGACAGACAUCCCGUGUGUGCCGGUCUUUAACCCCUAUGCAGCAGAGGGCUCAGUGUUCAAGCUGUUGGAGAUUCCGGUCGAGAGCACCUGGCGAAAUGGUAUCAACAAGUCGGUUGCCAACUACAAUGACAUGGAGAAGAAAUGCAACGAUCUCACACAUGAGGAGCUGGUCAAGUAUGACCUGGGAUUGUCGGUCAUCGACGGUCAUGUUGCACUCAUCACGACUGUCCCUAAAAAGGAGGGGGACUUGAUAUGCACAUGCAGUGCUUUGCAUUUCGACAACAUGGCAAGCCUCUUGUCGGUCGUGAACUCCGACAAAGUGAACCUCGCCAAGAAUCCUGUGCUCAGGACGGACUGCGUCGGUUUGACAGAGGAUCGCUCCUCGUCGGUCUGGUCACUGUUAAUUGGGGCUGCUAGCCACGUCGCCCCGCUCAGUAAAGCCGCAAAGCGAGCAAACGCGGCCUUCAACUUUGACAUCAGCCAGGGCGCCUCUGACGGUCUCAUCGCAUUGGUCGUCAAGACACGGAAUGGGUGUGGCAUUGCUGCAAAGUCGGUCGUGUCGGUCGACCUGGGUCCAGACUAUGAUCCGUCACAAGCCACGCCGGUCGAGCUCGCUGCCAGCAAGAAGCAGUUCAUGGAUAAGUGGUUUCAGGAGCCUGUGAAUGAGCCGCCGGUCAAGGAAGAGACAACAGUGGAGCCAGCUGGCAAAAAACCCCGAACCUCAGAGGCCAAGGCCAAGCCUUCGCCGGUCGCACCGGCUCCGGUCACUCCGGCUCCCGCUACUGGUCCAGUGCCGGUCGACAAGCCAGCCCCGUCUGCUGCAGCUGAGACUUCGCCGCCGGUCGUCAAAGCUGAUGUAACAGCCCCGGAGCCGGAGCUGAACCCUGCGUCGGUCGCCAAUUUCAUCGUGGGUGAUGCCACGUUUCGCUUGGACUUGCAGAACUUGAGGAUCCUUUUGCCGGUCGGAACCUCCACCAACAAGAGGCUGCCUCCAGGCACAAUUGUGUACACUCUGGAUUGCAGCGCCGGUCGUUUCCGCAAAAACUCCAGUGCUGUCGGUCUGGAGUACAAGCUGACCUCUUCGAAGGACAAGGUCAUUGUCAAUGGGAAGCAAGUGACGGUCGCAGACGCGGUCGCCAGCCUCAAGUCGAACUCCGUUUGGGAGCACAUCCCGCCUUCCUUCACCCAAGGUUCCCUCCCAUCGGCCGGUCUGAAACCUAACCAGCAGAUGGUUUGGGUUCCAGGAGAUGACGCGUCGGUCGUGAUGGCCCAGCUCAACAAGGCCACGGAUGCUUCUUGGAGGUGGGUGAUGAAAAAUGGCAGCAAAGGGAGUCUCACGCCGGUCAAAGCUUGCCUAGUGAUCGACAAACAGCUGAUCAUUCCCGGCAAGCCGGGACAUCUCGGCUUGCUUGUCGGUCGCGAAGUCGGUCACUGA